ACUCAAUUAAAUUAACCGGGAAGAGAAGAGAAGGGAAAACCCACUCUUCCCCAUCUCGUUUCUCUCUCAAAAACCAAACCCUCUCUCUCUCUCUCUCUCUCUCUCUCUCUCUCUCUCUCUCUCUCUCUCAGUGUUCGCUCUUGUAUCGUAGAAGGGAUCAAGUGGGACCCAUCAAAUGGGAGACAAACACCAAGACGACAGCAGCGAUUUCACCUCCGAGGACGAAGGCACCGAGGAUUACCGUCGCGGCGGUUACCACGCUGUACGAAUCGGCGACACCUUCAACUCCGGUCUUUACGUCGUUCAGAGCAAGCUCGGUUGGGGCCAUUUCUCCACCGUUUGGCUCGCUUGGGACACCAAACAUUCUAGAUACGUGGCUUUGAAGGUUCAAAAGAGUGCUCAGCAUUACACUGAGGCUGCCAUGGACGAGAUAACGAUUCUGCAACAGAUUGCAGAGGGAGACCCUGAUGAUAAAAAGUGUGUGGUGAAGCUUUUGGAUCAUUUUAAGCAUUCUGGUCCCAAUGGACAGCAUGUUUGUAUGGUGUUUGAGUACCUUGGGGAUAAUCUUUUAACUCUUAUUAAGUAUUCUGACUAUCGCGGAAUGCCUAUUAGUAUGGUUAAAGAGAUAUGCUUUCAUAUUCUUGUUGGAUUGGAUUACUUGCAUAAACAGCUUUCGAUUAUACAUACUGAUUUGAAACCCGAAAACAUACUCCUUUUGUCCAUGAUAGAUCCUUCUAAGGAUCCUAGGAAGUCUGGUGCCCCUCUUAUUCUUCCCAAUAGUAGAGAUAAGACAGCACUGGAGUCGGCGGCUGCGAAAGAUUUGAAGACGUCGAAUGGGGAUUUGAUUAAGAAUCAUAAGAAAAAGAUUAAAAGAAAGGCUAAGCAAGCGGCUCAUGGGUGUGUUGAGAAGGAAGCUUUUGAAGGAGUUGAGGGUAAUGCUGAAACAUCAGGGGCUGUUGAAUCAUCUCCUAAUGCAAGAGAACAGGCUUCUAGUUCUGCAGGAACUAGUAGGUUAUCAGAUGCUGAUGGAACAAAGUUGAAAGAGCAGGGUAACAAACGAGGAAGCCGCUCGAUGAGACAGAAGCUGCUGGCAUCGGUUGAUCUCAAGUGCAAGUUAGUUGACUUUGGUAAUGCUUGCUGGACAUAUAAACAGUUUACAAGUGACAUCCAGACAAGACAAUAUCGGUGCCCAGAGGUGAUCCUUGGAUCAAAGUAUUCUACUUCUGCAGAUCUUUGGUCCUUUGCUUGCAUUUGUUUUGAGCUUGCUACUGGAGAUGUGUUAUUUGAUCCUCACAGUGGUGACAACUUUGAUAGGGAUGAGGACCACUUAGCUUUAAUGAUGGAACUUCUUGGAAUGAUGCCACGCAAGAUUGCACUAGGGGGUCGAUAUUCCCGUGAUUUCUUUAAUAGAUAUGGUGACUUGAGGCACAUCCGUCGGUUGCGAUUCUGGCCAUUGAACAAAGUCCUCGUGGAGAAGUACGAGUUCAGUGAGAGAGAUGCAAAUGAAAUGACAGACUUUUUGGUUCCUAUCCUUGACUUUGUUCCUGAGAAGCGGCCAACAGCUGGUCAGUGCCUUCUACACCCAUGGAUCAAUGCAGGUCCUCGCCUUUUGGAGCCAUCUGUGCCUUCUAAUCACAACCCCACCACUGAAACUGCUGUUUCUGACCAGAAGAAAAAGGACAAAGAUGAGAGGGAAGCCAUGGAGGCAGGAAUGGGAAAUAUUGUUAUCAAUUCAGAUUCUAAACCACUCAUGCAUUCUCCAUCUAAGAAAGCCUUCCAAAGCAUCCAGAAGUAGUCCAUCUAGCAAGAGCUCUUUCCUGUGUACUGUUUUUAUGUUCUAAGUGUGCCCCUGCAUCAUAUCUCUCAUUCAAUGAUGUCCAUGGGAAAAUUGACUUGGGCACAUGUUUAUAUAGCCUUGGCUUGGUUCCCACAACUACCGAAUUUGAUGGGGUAGCACUUGUGUGACGCUAGGUGCCAGCUAAAUCCUUUCAAGCCUUCCCACAUUGUGUCAUCUUGAACCAGUUGGAUACUCCAAGAGCUCUCACUACUAAGAAUACCAUUAUGAUAUAUCCUUUCCCUUGUUUCUCAUGCUUAUAAUAGGUCAAAGAUGAGCCUUUGUUAAUUGGUAUCAUUGACUUGUUUGUGAACAGUGUUCAUUAUCAUGUCCUCUUGUGCUGAAUGGAUGGAUAUUCUUCAUACGGAGACAUUCUAGACAUGUUCCAAGUCAUUCUUUGUUUUUCGGUCUCUGCGUUAUCUAUUCGGCUUCUACU